AUGGCAGUUCUCAAGGCGGGAUUUGGUCUGUCUUCACAGCCUUUCUCCGACACUUUUUGUUUCUUCCCUGUAGUUUCUACGGGAUCGGCACAUCCAAAAGAUGCCACUCCAUCAGAAUCUCCUAGAGCCAUUUAUUCUAUCACAGGCACACAUAUACUCCAUCGUCGUCUCGAAGCUUCUGGCCGAGCGUCGUUAAUGCCGAUUGUUGCCUGCCUGCCCGUUGUUCCACAUCACCAAACCCUGGAAGAGCUCUACUCUUCCCGCUUGAAAACCACAACAGAGAACUGCGUUCUCCAAAUGGUCAUGACGAUGGUUUUGGUCCUGUCAGGCAGCCUAGUUGUCGUGGAAAAGCUUCCCAUCGUCAUCGGCAAUAAAGCCGCGCGUCAAGCUGCCAAGGAACUCCAGGAACUCCAGGGCCGCAAGCAGAAACUCGCCGAUCUUAUGGACGACAUCACGGCCGCUCACAACUUCGCUAUCAACUUGACGGGCACAAUCCUCGACCAUAACCAAGAGGCCCGUGAGAUGACCGGGAACCUAAUGAACAUCUUGACCAAGAGAAUUGUCCUUCUCCAGAAGGUUGCAAACAUCAGCAAGAGCACCAUGAAGCAGCACCUCGAUCAUAUCCGCAAAUUCAACAGAGUCGACAUCGGUACUUGGAACGAUAGCUCGAAGGCCAUUCAGGAAUGCAUCAAGCUGAACUACGGAAAGAUCAAGGCCAUGGAUGCGGCGAUUGAUCUGAAGGGCAUUAUGGAGGAAUCCCUGUACGCGAUGAGCAAGGUCGCAAAGCAGAACCCUUCCCCCUUCGCUACCGCGUCUGCGACCGCUGCUUAG